AUGCUAUUUCCGACCAGCUCGGUCGCGCUACAAUCCGAGCGGCUUAAUGCCCUUGAAGAGAAAGUCAAUCGGCUUUUACAAGGCAGCAAUAACACCCCCGAGCCGUCGCAAGGCCCACACCACCAUGUCACAACAGCAAGUCCGGAAAACAUCGAUGACAAGAUGGCACUGGAUGUCAUUGGAGAAGGAAUCAUCAGUCUUGAUAGUUCUAGAGAACUCCUGGAUGUAUUUUGCCAAACGCUAAUGCCUCAGUUUCCGUUUGUUAUGCUGCCGUCACAAACAGCAGUUGAGCAGCUCAGAGAAGAGAAGCCUUUCUUACUCCUAUCUAUCCUUAUGGUGUCUUUAUACUAUGAUCGGCCUUUGCAGCGGGCUCUGGAAGAAAGGUUUCAUGCUUUCAUUGUGACCCAAACAAUGCUCAAAGAUUCGAUUCCUUCACUGGAGGUUCUACAGGGGUUACUGGUUUUUAUGGCAUGGUCUCAGCACCAGCUUCGCCCUCUGCAGAACUCGAGUUAUCACCACCUCAUGCUUAGCAUCGUCGUUGAUCGGCGAUUAGAUCGGCCAGUCAUGUUGCGAGCGCUUCCACGGUCAUUUAGUGUUGGCAGGAAAGAUCAAAAGGACAAAACGUCUGAGCUCCAUGAUGAAUAUAGGGCUCUCAUCGGAUGCUUUGUCAUCUCAUCAUGCAUUUCAAUUACGGUCGAGAAGACAUGCAUGCUACCUUGGUCUUCAUUCAUUGAGAAGUCGGCUCUUGAAUUAGCCCAAGCGUCGAGAUAUCCCAGUGACAAGUAUCUUAUUCAUCUCGUUCAAUUGCAACAUAUAUUUGAGCGAGCUGACACAGCCAUGUUGAUUAAUGCCCAAGAGAUGGACUUGAGAAUCAGGGUAUCAAAGAUUGAAGGCCAUUUUCAGCAAUUUCGCAAGGAGAUGGAGAGUUACCGGGACCUGCUGCCAUUUCCAAUGCAAGAAAGCACUCUGAUUUGGUUGCUUUUCCAAACAUUGACUCUGUAUCUUUGUCAAGCCAUUCUAUUUGACAAACAUGUCUCGCUUGAUGAAUCUGAUGAUUUCGGGCAGAAAAAAAAGGGUUCUUUCUUCUUACAGUCCCCAUUCCAAAUUGACACUCUACGCGUUGGUCUCACUACAGCCAAAAGCUACUUUGAUUAUUAUCUGAGCUCACCCACCGGUCACCUUCGAAUGAUUAGCUACAUUGAAUGGCUAGAAAACGCAUUUGUUAUGGUUAUGUCAUGCAAGCUGUGUAUUGUUGCGAUGGACAAGAACUUGCGGCAGGACACCCGGAUCCGAUCAUUGCGCAAAGCGCUCAAUAUGCGAGAGGUGCUAAUGGGGUAUGUCACACGGUUGACAGCUCUUCAAGAUGCUCGAAUGAAUGCGCCUGGUGCAGAUAUAUCUGAUUUCUACGUGCGAUGGAUACAGCGCAUUCAUAACUGGUUUGUGAAACAUCACGCUCCUGCACGCGCGCAAGCGUCAGCAGACGCAGAUCAAAUGCUUGAUUCAAUCGCGAAUUCCAAUGCCAGGCAUCCGGGAUCAUCGUCAAUGAGCACCUCCGAGUCCUUGAUUGCUCCUCUUCCUGACGUGAUUCUAAAUUAUGGACAAGAAGGCUCACAAGACUAUAGCCCUGAGUCAUGGCCGGAUUUUCUGCAGGAUGUUUCCGUGGAUGAGAUGCUGAAUGGGUUGAUUGAGAUAGCAGGCAUAUCAUUUUAG